AAUGGUUUUCGGAAACAAUCUCUUUGACAAAAUUCAAACAAACAGAAGCGCCCACGGGUGAUCACCCAGAACAAAAGAAAAAGACUCAGAAUUAGCAAUUCAGACAAACCCUAUAUAUUCCAAAUAGAUUUCUGCUCACAAGUCUACAAUAGACAUUGCAAACCGGCUGUUUGAAACUGUCCCUUUAAAUUAUAUCUGCUUCUUGUACAUCAUUGACAUGUUAAGUGCCUGUUAAACUUUGUCCAGUUAAUAAUCUCUUCAUUUCACAAGUAAAAUCUACAUGUUCCUCCCUGUUCCUUCAACAAAUAGGCAACAAAUACACAUGUUCCUAGCAGCGGUGUUAUCUCGGUGACGUAUAGGAUGAUGACUUUGUAUAUUUUUUUCUAUAAAUUGGAAUUUCUCAUGUUGCAGCUAUCACCGGUUUACCUUACAAUGAAACCAAAUCAAUUGACUGAAUCAGAGAAAUGUCCUACAAGCUGUGUAUUGUAUCUACUAAACUGUGAAUAAACAUUAAAAUAUGGAAAAAAAAAACUAUUUCUUGAAGUGAAAAAAACAAAAAACAAAACAACAUAAGUCAACAAGGAUUACUCACUAAGAUGAAGCUUGUUUACUUUGGUCUUCUGUUCUUUGGACUCCUUUUUGCCCAUGUCACCUGCUAUAGCUCAGGAUUUGUCACUGUCGCAUGUGAUACCAUGCUACCUAGACAUGGUAAUAACUCUGUUCAGACAACGGUUCCACCAUACACAGUAUCUGCUUCUAACUACUCAUUCAGUCCAGGAGACAACAUUACAGUCACUCUAAAAGCAAACUCAGAUGUAGUCUUUAAAGGAUUUUUUCUUCAGGCACGCACGGUAUCAGGAAACAAUACAGUUGGAUAUUUUACAGUUACAAACUCCACUGCUCAGACACUCGACUGUAGAGGCACAGUGAAAUCGGCUGUCAGUCACACGAGUUCAAUCAACAAGUCCAGUAUUUCAGUACUAUGGACAGCUCCAGUCACUGACGAAAAUGUGCAUUUCAGAGCCACAUUUGUCCAGUCAAGAUCUGUUUUUUGGGUCGAUGUUGAAAGUCCUGUUCUUACAAUGAUCUCUAGUACUAGCCAACCCAAUAGUUCACCAACUUUGACACCAUCAACUCAAAAUAUUGCCUCUGGUCCGCCACCGACUUCCAUCUCUAGUUCAUCCUGUGGCAUAGAGAAAGUUUGCUUCAACAGCCCAUCAAACUGUGACCCUGCUACAAGUCAUAACUGCUUCUUCAUGUCCUCUGCUCCUGUCAGUGGUGGUGGAUACAAGUUUGAGAUUAGUGGACCAUCUGCUGGAUAUGUGUCCUUUGGGUUUUCAGAUGACCAAGUAAUGGGUAAUGAUGACAUUUAUAUUUGUGGGAUGGAUUCCGUAGGAGGGAUUGGAAUUCAACAUGCCUACUCAGAGGGGAAAUCACGACCGCUAAUCCUAAAUCUAAGUAAUGUGGAGGUUAGUCUGGCAUCAUUCACGAGUGGAGUGAUUCAAUGUUCCUUCAUUUCAAGAAACAGUAUCUCAACUCAAAACCCAGUCCAACAAUCAAGAUCCGUCAACAGUUCAUAUUAUAUACUAAUGGCUUAUGGAGAUUCCAGCAAUGGACGUAUACAAUAUCAUGGCAUGUCAGGAACAUUCAUCAGUAGUUCGAAAAUUGACCUCUCUGUGGCUUCUAAUGUGACAGUUAGUUCAACUCGUUCCCAAGAUUUAGUCAGCGCACAUGGAUGCCUAAUGCUUAUUGCCUGGAUGACUACAGGUACUUUAGGGAUGAUCUUGGCUCGGUACAUGAAAGUUGCAGCAAAAAAAAUGAUUUUUGGCAAAGCUGCUUGGUUUCAGGCUCACAUGUUUUUAAUGGUUCUGACUGUGGCUGCAACAAUAACAUCCUUUGUGUUAGCAUUUGUAAACGCUAUGGGAUGGGCCUAUGGAGCCAAUAGUCAUUCCAUCAUUGGAUGCAUUGUGAUGAUUCUUACUUUCUUCCAACCAAUCAUUGGCAUCUUCAGACCGUCUCCUCAGAGCAACUGGAGAUACAUCUUCAACUGGUUUCAUGCCCUCAAUGCCUUUGUGAUCUAUGUCCUGGCAGUGGCUAACCUGUUCCUCGGACUGCAAUUAAUAAAUGGCAACUCUGGCUGGAUGGUUAAGGUGAUGGGAGGCUUUUUGGGCUGGGUUGCUCUAAAUGUCAUUUUCUUCGAGAUCAACGCAUUUUUGGCACGGAAAGAUCUGAAGAAAGCAGUGGAUAAUGACAACCAAAUCUCGGUGAAGUAUGAGCUGUUCAUUCUCCCCUUCUACAUGUGUGGCAACCUGGCGUUCCUCAUAGCCCUGCUCGUAGGCAUUGGACAAUCCUAGGUUUGAAUGUCAUCAAUGAAAGAAACCCUUUACAUUUAUUUUACCCAGAAUCCUUAUCUGCACAACACAGAGAAUGCAGUCAAACCAAACACUGAGCAGGAAAUGAGGAUUCUAAUAGCCUUUUUUAAUAAAAUAUAUAUAUAUAUAUAC